AAAAAUUCUAAAACCAAAAAUAAAAACAUAAACGCAAAAUACUUUUCUAAAACCUUAUAAACUGCUCUGCCAUUCCCCCACAUGCAACCUUUUCCUUCCUCUGCCUUUUCCUUCCUCCAAAAUGCAGACUGCCGUUCCCCCACACGCAAAACGCAGCUCAACGGCUCCACUUUUAGUCCAAAACGUAAGCCACCAUCAGCCCUUCUCUCCCACAACUCAACGGCUCCACCUUCUCCGGCACCACCCUCCUCCAGCUCUACAUUUGUCAGCACUACCCAUCUCUCACCCUCAGUUCUUCUCUCCCACAACGCUGUCGACACCUGGGUUUCUACCACCGGGAAGUGGAAGGAUAUUGUGGAUGAAUUAACAUGGGGAACACACAUCCUCUACUUUAAUGGCUGAUGGAGACUCACCUCAGCAGAAAGUUACUCAAAAUGGUUAUAAGUUGCUAUAAAUUUUUUUGGGUUAUCUUUGAAUUACAGCAGGUACUGUUAGUGAGAAUUUGUAUUGCAACUCCCAACUAGAACUAUGAGUUAUAAUUUUGUUAAUAGAGAACUAUAAGCAUUUAGAAUUUUGGUUUAGAGUAAUGAUUUUUACUAAUAAGUUCUUUGGAAUUUUGGUUUUCUUUUUAAAAUUUUCUUAUUGAAU